AUGGCACAGCCACCUCCAUCACCGCUGCCGCAGAUGCGGCUGCCGCUCUCUUCGUCGUCGUCGUCACCACCAAUUGGCCCCCGGCAGGUCGCUGCUGCUGCUGCUGCUGCUGCUGCUGCGGCUGAAACCGCCAAUACGAUCACCGCCUCUGCGUCCAACGAUGCCGGUGACACUAGUGGUGGCGGUGAGCAGAAGAUGCCUCCGAUGUGGCCGCGUACUGACGCCGAGGUGGAGGCGGUGGAGCGUCACCGGUGGGGACGACUGGUGCAGGAGGGAUGGUUUCACCAGAGCUUGCAGCACCAGCGAUGGGACGAGGAGAUGUUGCUACGUGGUUCAGCGUACCGCACUCGUGCCGUGGCAGCGCGCACAACGGUGAGAAUCACCACAACAGCAGCACUGGUGCUAAGCCUCAACAUCAACCCAGCACUUUGGACAGAUGAAGGGUCGCCACCACCGGAGGAGUCUUCGCGCCUGUACGUGUGGCGCUCGCCCUCCCUGCUCCCAGGCGAUAGAUUGAACAUACUCGGUGAACUGGGUCAGCAACUUGAGCGACAGUACCUCUCCCUCUCUAAGCGGCCGUUGAUGGUCAGCUACUGCCUCAACGCAAGGCCAGAGGACUUUGUGCGAGGUCUCUCGCAAUGCCGCCAGCAGGCGGGGCCGAAAAGCAAAGUCAUAUUGCACUACGGAGGCUAUGGAGUGCCACGGCCUCGUUGUGGGUCGCUCUUUCUUCUUCCUCCGUCUGGAGAGCCGGUGAAGUACUCGCUCGAUACGCUCCGCAUGCAGGUAGGAUUCCCACUCGUUAUGGUGGCGGACUGCGCGAACGCUAGAAGUAUUCUAAACGGCCUACUAAAAACACGGCAGAAUGAUGAUGAUAGCCAGCACUUUGCGUACCAGAGGUAUGGCAAGACCAUUAGUGGGACCGCGUUGGAUGACACAGACCGUGCCGACAUGGCGUUGCAGAAUUGGGGACGACACGAUGGGCCUGCAACUGCUGCCAUGGAUGGCGCUUCUCCUACGGCGUCAUCAAACUGUGCGGCGUUGCGGUCAAACUAUUGUGGAUUGGGUUCUGGUGCGGCGUCAUCAACAACUGUGCCGCUGCGGGAUGAUUUCUUUUUUAUUGGAGCGACAGAAGACGGGCCUCUGGUUCAGCAUCCGAAACUGCCAUCGGAUAUUCUGACUUCGUGUUUGACAACACCUGUUCAGAUGAUACUGCUGUGGUUUAUCGUGGAAAAUGCUCAUACGGCUAAUUUGCAUCCACUUUUCAUGCAUCUAGUUCCGGGGACACUGGAGGACAAAAAGACUCCACUGGGCCAGUUGCAAUGGGCUUUCAUGUCCAUCACUGAAUGUAUUGCGUGGUCGUCUUUCUCGCAUGGAUUGUUUACUCGCCUUUUUCGAGAAGACGUUGUUGUGGCGCCGCUAUUUCGUGGGUUUUUACUUGCGGAGCGCAUCAUUACGUCUCUGGGGGGUACCGUCAGUGUAUAUCCGCCUUUGCCACGCACGAGUAACAAUGCUAUGUGGGACACGCUGGACAAUAUCAUUGACCGUACUCUUGUUUCUCUACAACGCGCUGCUUUGCCGGCACCUCCGACAACAUGGACACCGUUGGAGUUUCGAGAAUGGCUGGAUUGGAAUGUGACAAAGUGGCGAUACGAACAAGGCUCAAUGGCAUUGCCAUCCUUGGAGGACCGCAGCGUUGUUGUGCCAAAUUUCCUUGGAGAGGAGUUGCGGUGUGUGGCUGCUGUGACUGAACGCAUCUCAGAGCAGAGCUUUUUUCGUCUCGUUUCCAGCGAACGUCCGGAUCUACAGCAACAGCAGCAGCAAGAACAACAACAACAGCAAGAAAAACAACAAAGACACCGACGACAAGAGCAGCGGCAACAUCAGUCCGAGGCUUUUGGUCGCUUGGCCACGACAUCCAGACGGACCUACAGAGGGGAGUUGGGGGUCGGCUCACCAAUGUUCCUUAGUAGCAGUAGUGUUGUUGGUGGUGGUGUUGUUGGUGGUGGGGGUGGUGGUGGGGUUGGCGGGAGUGGUAACGGCGGCAGUGGGGGAAACAACAACAAGAGUAGCAUCGGUAAUGUGGGGGUGAAGCCAUUCCCUUUCAUAAUGAGGUUGCCUAUGUUGCUUCAGGGACUGCUAGUAGUUGCACACCGCGACAAGGCUACGGAGCUGCUGUGUCGCUUGGUGGAUGCUGGUCCUCCAGCGGUAGCGGCAUGUGCAGAAGUGGGUAUUUUCAAUAUGGCUCUGAUACAUUACUGGGGCCGUCGUGACCUCCGUCACCUCAUACCGACACUGUUGUUGAUCUACGCUAAGGUAUGCUACACGGAUCCAUCGCUGGCUGGAGUGGAUGCAGCGCAGCGAGACAUGAUUGUGGAUGUAUGCAUGGAAUUCCUCGAGCACCCGGUUACCCUUCCUGCUGACUCCAGUGUAGAGCCUGGAGCAUGGCAGCGCGAGGUUCUCGGCGCUUGGGCGGAGCCGCAAGGCCAGCAAUUGCUAGCGGCAGCCUUACUUACCAUGCUGUGUAUACACUCUCCUGAUGGGCGACGUCGCUGUCGUGAGCGUACCGCUCUUCGUGUGUGUUGUAGCUUGUUGCAUGAUGCUGCAGGCAAGGUACCAUUGUUGCUGUCACAACAAAAGGAAACGGGGCUGAAGGAAAAUGAGGAUGAUGAUCCUUUAGCUGGGAAUGACAACUUUUGGGACGACCACAUAUCUGGCGAGAGUGAGGUUGAUCCGGCGAUGAUGUUUAGGUAUGUCUUGUGCCUCAUCGCCUUCUUGGUAGCACUGUCGUGGGAGGGAACGCCGUCGGCAGCCAGGGUGGGUGAAUCACAGCUGCAACAAGAUGACACGGACGAAGUAGUAGUGCGAGAACACCUUGCAUGUGCGCUCAAAGCCCUGCAACGUCUUCUAUAUGCAACCUCUUCCACGGUGCGUGGUGCGUCCAUUAAGGCCAUUACUGUAAUUAUGGUCUCAUCUAGCAUUAGUGAAGAGACGGCGCUGCAGUGCAUCCGCAUCAUCGCGGACCGCACCGGCAUGCGACACGCGCCACAGGAAGCUAACACAGACGACCGUCUCGAGCUAGUUGGUGCAAUCUUUUUGGCAAUGCGUUGGCUGAUUGAUCGUCUCUCCGCUUCCAUGUUGAUUGAGGAGAUACGACAGGCAGUCCACACGAAGUCGAAGCACAUUGACCACGCAAUGAUGGAGACACACAACUGUGGGGAUGCCCACUCCGGACAAGACUUUGGUGAUGCAGACAUGCAUCUUUCAUCUGCUGCAGGGUCGGGGGAGGUGGAUUACCUCUUGGCCAUGCUGGCCGGCUUCGCUUGUAGACUCGCUGUCGCAACGCACGAUCCAUGUCCGUACGUUGCCGCACAUGCGCGAAAAGUUCUGUUGGACGAUUUUUCGGUUUUGCGUGUGGGUCACCUGUUUUCUUCCCGCGCUGGGGGCACUGUCACCGGAGGCCGCGUGUGUGAAGCCGCCACGUCGCGCAAUUCCGGCAUUGCUAAUUUCUUUUCAGGCGUUUUCAACACACUCACGUCGCGUGGAGGCAAGCCGGCAUUACGUGGGGGUUCUCGUCGGGGCAAACGUGUGUUACAGGGCGUCGAUGAUGAGGAUAGUGGCGGGGAGCUGGCCGAUACAGACAGUGCCAGUGGCAUACAAGCGGCGCUAACAGACGUGAACAUUGCGCUACGCGCUGUUUCCGUGUACGACUGUUCAACCGUUUCAUCUUUCAUUUUUGCUAUCCUCUCAUUCCUUGGGGAGCUGCUCCUGGUGCCUAUGGAUGACUAUGACCCACGCCACCCGUUCAACCUUGAAAAGGAUGCGAGUGUUCGUAGGUGUCUGCGCCGACUGCGCGAUGACCUACGCAUAUCGGCACCCCCCAUCUCCAGUUCUCAUGAACAAGACGUCUGCGCGACUAUCUCUCCGUUGCUGCCGGCAUCCCCGUCGCCCCUUCCUUAUCCGCUAAACGUUGCAAUGUCGUUGCCGCACGACGAUGAGGCAAAAACACGCACACCACUGAAUUCUCCUAUGUUGAACUGUGUUUCCUCCUUUGGCCACAAUACUGCUGCUGCUGCCUCCACCACUGGCAGUAAAGAGCGUGGUGCACUGUUUCAGCUGCUCGCUGAGAAAAAUACAUUUAGUGAACGCAAUGGCCGAGUUCAGGUGCUAACGUUUAAUCCAACGAAGCCGCACUUUAUCACUGGAACGGAUCAGGGUGUUGUUCAGGUCUGGUACUUUGGCAGCAAGAGAGAGGGUUUCCCAGCAUCGACCGGAGGCUCGUGGGCUGUGUCAGCUGAGCACUGUGAGCUUCUGGCGCGAUUUCACGUCUCGGAGGUGGUGCGGCGUCCAGACACUGCGGUGCCGAGGUCUGCGGUUCUGGGCUAUAUGUAUAGCACACAGCCAGCAGCGCCACGGGACAUGGGCGCGGCAGAAAAGUGUAACGUGGGAGGGGCGAGUGCUAGUGCUAGUGCUGGGGCCAGCACUAGUACUGGUACUGGUGUCGGGGCUAAUGCUGCUGCCAAUGCUGCUGCUGACGCACCGUGGCGGCGUGUUGCUUCCUCCGUGCCGGGCGAUGUGGCAGGUCGUGGGGUAAAAGGUGUGGAGCCAAUCACUGGACUGCAUCUCGUCGAUGCGGUCUACCGCCCCCUGCUCUGUGCGGUGAGUCGUUCGGGAGCCGUGUAUUUGUUUGCCGCCUACACGGACAUGGCCACGGUGAGUCGUGUCACGUCCUUUGUGACCAUGACAUAUGAGGAAUCGUUAAGAAGUCAUCAGUGCCUUUCCUCUUACCACGCGCCGGCGAUGCUUCUACACGUCAGCGGCGCGGAUGGUUCCAUCGCGUCAUGGGAUUUAAACUGCGAGCACAAGACCUCUGCAGGUGCUGGUCGUGGCGAAAUUCUUGGUUCGCUCUCUGCUUUGGCAUCGCACCCAACUGACGUGUUCAGCUUUGCCGUAGGUGCUGGUUCAGUGUACCUUUAUGACCUGCGGAACCCAUGCCGUGCCACGCACGUUUUGCCGAAUCCCACUGCGUCAGGGAAAACACCGCAACAUCAGUGGCUCAGUUUGGGCGACUACAGCUCCCCAUGUCUCCACAUUGGUUACUCGUGCCGCUACCCUCAUGGCAUUGUGACGGGAUACGGUGGCGAGCAGGGUGUAGUUAUGCUGUGGGAUGAUCGUAAUCUGCGGCAGCCCGUACACCAGGCAGUUGUAUGCGAUGCUGAGAUCAAUGGCGCAUCAUCGCUGAAUUCGGUCUGCUACAUGGACACACAGCACUACAGUUACGCACUUAUGACAAUGUCGGUGACGGCAGACACCCUCGUCGUGGGUGAUGCGUUGGGUUCUGCACUAUCAUCAUCAUCGUUAGCAUCAACGCCACCGCCACGACGGCCACCCGCACCACCACCACUGGCAACUCCACCAGCAGCAGCAGCAACAACAGUGGGGGCUGCAGGCAGGGCGAAUGUUCGUCUAAAUCAGCAACCGGGCGCGGCUGCCUUUCACCCUGUCCUUCCUAUUUGUGGUGUGGCGAGCGGGGGCUCAAUACAGCUUUAUGGAUGCAAAAAGAUCUCAGUGUCUGCGCGACACGCAUAG